ACCGGAAGUGCUAGAAUUCUAGUUUCCGACGGAAGAUUUAUCUGGGCGACGGUAAUAACAACUCUCCGGCGACAAAGAGAGAAGGAGAUGACGACAAUGAGCCAUCGCAAGCAAAACACGAGGCUGCCACCGGAGGUGAACCGCGUGCUCUACGUCCGUAACCUCCCCUUCAACAUAACGAGCGAGGAGAUGUACGACAUCUUCGGCAAGUACGGCGCGAUCCGCCAGGUUCGAAUCGGCUGCAGCAAGGACACCAAAGGCACGGCCUUCGUCGUCUACGAGGACAUCUACGACGCCAAGAACGCCGUGGACCAUCUCUCCGGGUUCAACGUCGCGAACCGGUACCUGAUCGUGCUCUACUACCAGCACACGAAGAUGAGCAAGAAGUUCGACCAGAAGAAGAACGAGGAAGAGGUCGCCAAGCUGCAGGAGAAGUAUGGUGUCUCUACCAAAGAUAAGUAGACACGUGUCCUCCUCGAUUUCGAUCCGAUUAGAUUGUUAUCAUUACUUCGUCCUGCGAUUUAGGUUUUUUUUUUAAAUUGGGGGAAAGGUCAAACCUUUUUGCUUGAGCUGUAUUGAGUUGAUAUGUAUGUUGAACCAAGCAAUGACAGUUACCUCUUUUCAGUUC